AUGAAGGGAGGAAGAGGAGGAGGUGCUGGGGGAGGAGACACUCGAAAGUGGAUCAGGGACGGCGCCGAGCGCCAUGGCCCUGUGACUUCUGAGCCUCCAAUUUACCCGCCGAAUCCAUACAUUGAGAAGGCAGCGGAGUUGGACGACGAGUCUGCUGGAGCGGUGUUGGCUUACCGUCUGCUGACCAAUCACUGGCGCACAGCGGAGUGCUGCAUAGCGGAAAGGCGCAGCAAAUUGGAGGGGAGGAAUUAUUCUAUUGCGAAUGACGCCUGUACCUUCGACUGGGAAGCCCAGAAGGAAGCCAUCGUCUCCUACUGUGGCAGCCAAUUCUUUCCUAGCGAACUGCUGCAGAGCCGCUUCGUCCGCGUGCCCAGAGGGGCUAACAGGGCUGCAGCGGACUCCAAACGACAUCGACUCAAAGAAAUGGAACAAAAGGAAGAUGAAAAUAAGGCCAACGAAGAUAAAGGACAAGCUCAGCAGGCAGAUGCAAAUGCAGAAGAAGAACUGUUUGGCGCGGACGACGACGAUUUUGGCGGCGAGGACUACGCACACGACUAUUACGCAGACGAAGAUGUCGACGAUCAUAUCGAUGAUGGAGAUGAUGGAGGCAUUCUUUAG